GCCCCGCCAGUGGUGACCCUUUAGUGGCAGGUGGGUGGGUGCUGUGACUCGCUCUCAUAACACGUUGUCCUGUGCUCCUUGCAGGUAUAGUGGCUCCAAAUCAGGUGAGGCCCGGCUCCCUCAGCCGUCCACCAUGGUGGUGGCACACCCCACCGCCACUGCCACCACCACACCCGCUGCCACCGUUACGGCCACCGUUGUGAUGACCACAGCCACCAUGGACCUGCGGGACUGGCUUUUCCUCUGCUACGGGCUCAUCGCCUUCCUGACAGAGGUCAUUGACAGCACCACCUGCCCCUCAGUGUGCCGCUGUGACAACGGUUUCAUCUACUGCAACGACCGGGGCCUCACCUCCAUCCCUGCUGACAUUCCCGACGACGCCACCACCCUCUACCUGCAGAACAACCAGAUCAACAAUGCCGGCAUCCCCCAGGACCUCAAGACCAAGGUCAACGUGCAGGUCAUCUACCUGUAUGAGAAUGACCUGGACGAGUUCCCGGUCAAUCUGCCCAGCUCCCUGCGGGAGCUGCACCUGCAGGACAACAACGUGCGCACCAUCGCUAGGGACUCACUAGCCCGCAUUCCACUGCUGGAGAAGCUGCACCUGGACGACAACUCCGUGUCCACCGUCAGCAUCGAGGAGGACGCUUUCGCCGACAGCAAGCAGCUCAAGCUGCUCUUCCUGAGCCGGAACCACCUGAGCAGCAUCCCCUCGGGGCUGCCCCGCACACUGGAGGAGCUGCGGCUGGACGACAACCGCAUCUCCACCAUCCCGCUGCACGCCUUCAAGGGCCUCAACAGCCUGCGGCGGCUGGUGCUCGAUGGCAACCUGCUGGCCAACCAGCGCAUCGCCGACGACACCUUCAGCCGCCUGCAGAACCUCACCGAGCUCUCGCUGGUGCGCAACUCUCUGGCCGCGCCCCCCCUCAACCUGCCCAGCGCCCACCUGCAGAAGCUUUACCUGCAGGACAAUGCCAUCAGCCACAUCCCCUACAACACGCUGGCCAAGAUGCGUGAGCUGGAGCGCCUGGACCUGUCCAAUAACAACCUCACCACACUGCCCCGCGGCCUGUUCGACGACCUGGAGAGCCUGGCCCAGCUGCUGCUCCGGAACAACCCCUGGUUCUGCGGCUGCAAUCUCAUGUGGCUGCGGGACUGGGUGAAGGCGCGGGCGGCCGUGGUCAACGUGCGGGGCCUCAUGUGCCAGGGCCCCGAGAAGGUCCGGGGCAUGGCCAUCAAGGACAUCACCAGUGAGAUGGACGAGUGCUUCGAAACAGGGUCCCAGAGCGGAGCAGCCAGUGCUGCUGCCAAGACCACGGCCAGCAACCACGCCUCUGCCACCACACCCCAGGGCUCACUCUUCACCCUCAAGGCCAAGAGGCCAGGGCUGCGCCUCCCUGACUCCAACCUUGACUAUCCCAUGGCCACAGGCGAUGGCACCAAGACCCUGAUCAUCCAUGUGAAGCCCCUGACGGCGGACUCCAUCCGCAUCACAUGGAAGGCCAUGCUCCCCGCUUCCUCCUUCCGGCUCAGCUGGCUGCGUCUGGGCCACAGCCCAGCCCUGGGCUCCAUCACAGAGACCCUGGUGCAGGGGGACAAGACAGAGUACCUGCUGACAGCCCUGGAGCCCAAGUCCACCUAUAUCAUCUGCAUGGUCACCAUGGAGACUGGCAACACCUAUGUGGCUGAUGAGACGCCCGUGUGUGCCAAGGCAGAGACAGCCGACAGCUACGGCCCCACCACCACGCACAACCAGGAACAAAACGCAGACCCCAUGGUGAGCCUGCCCUUGGCAGGCAUCAUCAGCGGUGCCGUGGCUCUCGUAUUCCUCUUCCUGGUCCUCGGGGCUAUCUGCUGGUACGUGCACCGGGCUGGUGAGCUGCUGACCCGGGAGCGGGCCUACAAUCGGGGCAGCCGGAAAAAGGACGACUAUAUGGAGUCGGGGACCAAGAAGGAUAACUCCAUCCUGGAAAUCCGUGGCCCUGGGCUGCAAAUGCUGCCCAUCAACCCUUACCGCGCCAAAGAGGAGUACGUAGUCCACACCAUCUUCCCCUCCAAUGGCAGCAGCCUCUGCAAGGGCACGCACACCAUCGGUUACGGCACCACGCGGGGCUACCGGGACGGCGGCAUCCCUGACAUAGACUACUCCUACACAUGAUGCCGGCCGCCCGGCUGCCCCACCCGGUGCCGCCUCCUCCUGUCUGGCCAGCUCGCCACCAUCUGACAGAGCAGGAAAGGAAGUCAGUCCACAGUGACUUCCCAGCAGAAAGCAAAGUUUAGGGAGAGCUGACAAUUUUGUAGAACACAGUGAAAAGAAAAAAACAUUUUUUUUUAAGAAUUGAAGGCAGGAGGGGGAUCUGACGUUGCUGAAGACAUAAUUUAUACCAAAUUAUGCCAGCUGGGGAGGGGAAGGACUAAAAAUAAUAUCGCAGGAAGGGUUGGUUGGGUUUUUUCUCCUGAACUGGAAGGAUGCUACCUGUACAAUGUCUGUGUACACCUCACACUCUGUCCAGGGACAUCACAAAAGAACCGUCAGAGAGAAGCAGCUGACACGUGAAGCCCCCACACAGCUCUGGCU